AAGAACAAAGAAGAUCCAAAAUGGCCUUCCGCAACUUCUGUGUCUGCGUUCUGCUUGCUUUGGAGCAAUGGUUUUCAGACAUACUUCACUAUUAAGCUUGAUGAUAAUGACCAUGAUAAUGAUCUUGAUGGAUGGUGCCAUGAUUGGCAGGAUGAGAGCAUAGCUGUCGGCUGUCUACAGUAAAUUUAAGAGUCGAAAUCGAUUUUAAGUAUCAGAGGCAGUGGGAAACGUCAUCACGGCUGAGGAGGAGAGGUUUUGGCCCAUGUCUUUCAACCCCUUGGACUUCUUCAACAUGUUCUUCAGCGGUAGCAUCGGUAACAGCUCCCGAACCAAGAGGGCCUUACCUUACUUCGCCAGCUGCAACUAUACCAAUUCUAGCCAGGCCGGAUUGCAAUGCCGCGACUGUAACACAGCAUCCCGCUGCUACCCCAACAACAGGGCGCUAGUGAGGUCCUGCAGCGGGUUCUUUCCGUACUGCAACAACGGCCGCUGCUCCUUCCAGCCCGGACCGCUGUGCAGCUCCGGCUCGUCCAGCUCCGGAUCUGGAUCCGGAUCUGGAUCUGGAUCUGGAUCUGGAUCUGGAUCUGGAUCUGGAUCUGGAUCCGGAUCGGGAUCUGGAUCCGGAUCUGGAUCCGGAUCCGGCUCCGGAUCUGGAUCCGGGUCCGGCUCCGACAGCUCCAACUCCAGUAGCACCAACUCUACCUCCGGCUAAAUGUAAAGACGCGGCUGGUUACGUUUUUGCGAAAACUCCGAUUUACAUCAUUCAAUUAAAUAAUUUUCAAAUUUAGUUAACCCUAUCUAAAUAUGGUCAAUUAUUGUAAUUCCUAUUGACACUCGUAUAAUUGGUGUGAAAAUAAAUAAACAUUUUCGAACA